AUGAUGCUUUCAGCGUCCAUGAGCGCCGGCAUGUUUGGCUACGAUGGUGCAUUCUUGGGAGGGACCCUGUCCCUGCCUUCGUUCAAGCAAACUUUUGGACUUGUUGACUCGGCAGGAGCUCUCAAGCUGGCGGCUUUGUCGAGUCACAUUGUUUCGACUUUCCAGGCUGGCUGCUUCUUUGGUACGCUGUCUACCUAUCCGCUGGUGGAGCGCGUAGGGAUGCGAUACUGUUUCUUCCUAGCGUCGUUCCUCUUUGUGCUAGGCUCGAUUCUACAGACGGUCAGCACUGGUCAAUUGUCUUUGAUCUACAUCGGUCGUGCGUUGACAGGACUUGCUAUUGGCAACGCCUACCUGCUUGGACCCGCCUACGUCGCUCUCAACUCGCCCCCUGCUGUUCGAGGAAAAAUGGUCGGCUUGCUCGAGUGUGUCUACCAGGGCUUCCAGGUGAUUGGCUUCUGGAUCAACUACGGCGUCAACAAGCACAUGGAUCCGCACAGCAUGAGCCAGUGGAGAGUGCCCGUUGGAUUUCAAAUCUUGCCAGGUACGCUGCUGGCGGUGUUCAUGUUCUUCCAGCCAGAGGCGCCUCGAUGGCUCAUCAACAAGGGCCGCGUCGAAGAGGGUAUCCGUAACCUCUGCUACCUUCGCAAUCUUCCACAGGAGCACCCCUACAUCCAGUUCGAGCUGCAACAGAUCCAGGACCAGAUCAGAGCGGAACACGAAGCAGGCCACGACAGCUCGUUCGUCUCGAAACUCAAGGAGGCGUUUGGGUCCAACAAUAGGUCGAGACUCUUGCUCGGCUUUGCCGUGAUGCUUCUUCAAAACGCCAGUGGUAUCAACGCCCUAAACUACUAUUCGGCGACAUUGAUCAGGCGAGUCGGUUUCAGUGGCACCUCUGUAUCCCUUCUGGCGACCGGUGUGUACGGUCUAGAGAAGGCAAUCGUUACGUUGAUUUUCAUGUCGUUCUUUGUCGACACAAUCGGACGACGAAAGGCUCUGCUGUUCGGCUCGAUCGGAGCAGCCAGUGGCAUGCUCUACCUCGGUAUCUACACCAAUGUCUCGCACAGCUUCACGAAAACUCCGCCCAAGGACGCAGGCGCGUAUCUUGCACUCGCUGCGGUCUACUGGUACACGUUCUGGUAUGCCCUCUCUUGGAACGGCAUCCCAUUCAUGUUCUGCGCAGAGGUAUUCCCAAGCCGCAUCCGCAUGUUGUGCAUGACCAUGACAACAUGCAUGCAAUGGCUGGCUCAAUUCGCCAUCGUCUACUCGUUGCCCUACAUGGUGCUCGAGAUCAAGGGUUAUACGUUUAUCUUUUUCGCAGCCUGCACUCUCUGCUCGUUCUUCUUCACGCUGUUCCUCAUGCCUGAGACCAAGGGCGUCACGCUGGAAGACAUGGAUGUUCUUUUCGGCAUCAAAGGUACAGCGUUCCGCAAGAACCAUGAAUUCAGGCGCAUCAUCGCAGAAAGAGCUCAAGACACUCGCGAGGCGCACGGCGGUGAUGUUGCUGCUGGAUUUCAAACUUCAACAAGCGACAAAGAUGUCGAGUCGAGCAGCUGCAUCGAUGACAAGCAAAGCUCGGUCAAGGAGGAUAUGGUUUUGUCAACACAUGAUGCAAAGGCUCUUUGA